AUGGAAAAAUUAUUCUAUGACUUAAUUUUUCUGAACGGUGUGGAAUCUCCAGACCCUGAGAGACUAUUACAGUGCCCUUAUGAUAAAAAGCACCGCAUCAGGGCCUGCAGGUUUCCCUAUCACCUUAUCAAGUGCAAAAAGAAUCAUCCUGAUGUUGCAAAACAAUUGGCUACAUGUCCAUUCAAUGCUCGUCACCUGGUUCCAAGGGCUGAACUGAGUCAUCAUAUCUCAAUAUGUGAUGACAGGUGUUGUAUAGAGCAGGAUGAGGUCAUCCCCACCAGGAACCCUGGAGAAGACACUCUGCCUAAGAGCACAUUGCAGCACCCUCCUUGUGAUGAAGACUGGGAUAAAGAAUUAGCUGAGGUGAAUAACAGCACUCCAUUUAUCUGGGGCACAAGCAGUUUCUGUGACAAUAAAUGUCCUGUAAGCAACACAGCUAUGGAACAUAUAAGUAACCUGGAAUCAGGCAAGCAAGUUCCAAAGACUCUGCCAUGGAAAAACAAUUUUAAUUCAGUUAGCAAGGUCCAUGUAUACAGCGAUACUAAAGAGGAAAAGUUCCGAAGCCUCAUGGUGCUAGAAGAAUCUUCCUUAUCCCUCCUAUCCAAGGAUUCUUACUUGCUUUAUUCCAAGUUUAAUGAUAUAUAA